ACAGGUAUUCUCCGCGGAGAUACGUGAUCUCCAUUCACCCGCUCCCCCUCUCCGGGCACCUCCUCUCCCGCUCCUGUCCCAUAUAAGCGCGUCGGUCACCCGACUGAGGCAGAUCAGCACGACCUCUCCAACGAGAGUCCUCCUGAUAUCUUCCCGCUCGGCAAACAUGUUGCGAUUCUCUCUACUCGUGUGUGCUGCGCUUUCGGCCGCAGUAGCUCACCGGCAUGCAGUGCCCACGUCCGCCGGCGUCCUGGCCGGAAAGCGGUUAAAAGUCCCUGGUCUUGGUUACGUGAAGCAGUAUCUCGGUGUCUCCUACGCUCAAGCGCCCGUCGGACACCUGCGGUUCGCGCCGCCAGUUCCUCUGGAGCAGGAGGCUGCAGAUCAAUUUCAAGACGCCACCAAGUUCGGAUCCUCCUGCUACCAACCGGCUCACCUGAAGAACUUCAUCAGUGACCUUCUCGACACAGAUGCUGCCGGCGAGAUGAGUGAAGACUGUCUCAACCUCAACGUCUACGUCCCGGAAACGAAGGAGGAACAGCUGCCGGUCGUCGUUUGGAUUCCGGGAGAAGGGUUUAACUACGCGGAGGCGAGUCAGUUUGACGGCAGCUUCCUCGCGCUCCAGGGGAACGUCAUCGUGGUCACAGUCAACUACAGAGUGUCCGCUUUCGGCUUUCUCAGCACUUUAACCCCACAUGCUCCAGGAAACGUUGGCCUUCUGGAUCAGCGCAUGGCUCUCCGUUGGGUUAAGCAGAACAUCGCUCGCUUCGGAGGAAACCCACAAAAGGUGACUGUUAUGGGACGUUUCUCCGGAUCAAUGAGCAUCAGCAUUCACCUCACAACGCCGCUCAAAGAGAAGCUGUUUGAAAGAGCCGUUAUGCAGAGUGGAGUUGCAGUUGGCAAGUACGUUUUUGACACUGAACCUCUGAAUGCGACUAACAGCCUGGCGAGGGAACUCAACUGCGAGCGUCAGUCCAUCUCUGAUAUGAUCAGCUGCUUGCAAGAAGUCUCGGCAGCUGAUCUCCUCAAAGCUACGUACAGUGUACCAAAGUUCUUCAGGCCCGUUUUCGACGGUGAUCUUGUUGUGGAAGAGCCCCUGGAUGUCGUGAAGAAGGGGAAACACCACGGUGUGGAUGUCAUCAUCGGCACUAACCAAGAUGAGGGCUCCAUCUGCAUGCUUACCCUCUUCUACCUCAAGUCUCAUUUCUACAACAGAUUCAUCACGAACACUCUUUCAAGUGAAGACUUUGACGAGAUGAUCAGUUGGAAUGUGGAGGACUUCACCAAGAAAGAAGACAGCGUUGUAGCCAAGGUUACGAGCCACGAGUACAGGUACACGCAUCCCGCAGAAGGUCUACGUGCCAAGUACCUUCAGUUCUGCAGCGACAUUUACAUUUCUGCACCGAUGGAACGCAUGGCCCGCCUUCUCGCGAGCAACAAGAAAGGAAGCGUGUACGUCUACAAGUUCACGCACCGUCCUUCAUUCUCGAAGCAGCCCAAGUUCAUCCAGGCAGCCCACGGUGAUGACGUUCUCUUCUCGCUUGGCCUCGUCCUUAAACUCCAGGAUGCACCAAAGGAAGAAGUGAUCCUCACCAAGAAAAUGGUCGCCUCCAUAGCCAACUUUGCUCUUGAUAGCGAUCCCAGCGUGGUCGACGCCAACGACUUUGACCUCGACUGGCCUGAGUUCUCCGACAGCGACCGCUUGGUCAUGUACUUCAGCACGACCAGCCCUCGCGCACGAAAUACCAAUAUGGACCGUGCAGUCUCUUUCUGGUACGACGUCGUCCCCCUGGUUGAGGCCCACAAGUUCACGACAGCAGUCUACCAAACUGUCCUCACCGGUCGUCCAGUGGCACUCACGUCAUCCAUGUCUCUCGUGGACGUGGACCAGCACCGUAGACCACUUCACAACAGUGUUUCACAGCAAGAUGCGGCUGAAGCGUCAAGAAUGACGGCAGCGUACGCUAUCGCCGCUAUGGGCAUCUGCAACGUCAUCCUGAUGAUUGUUGCGGCGGUCAGCGUGACGAAGUUGAGGAGGACACUGAGCACCUACCAGCCUGUACGAGAGUCUUCAUGAAGUGUCCUUCGGGAAGUCAAUGUAAAUAUUUCAUCAUCAUGGGCGCGCAUUGCAGUCACCUGGUUGCGCCAAGAACUCAUCCCUGCCUAAGGCAGAGGUUAUUUAUGAACUGACGCUGCAUUACAAGACAAUCUCGUGUUGUUGUUCAUCGAGGUUUGGGCAUUGUAAAUAGGGCAUUAUUUUAUUUGUUUUAUUAUUAUUAUUUUUACGACCCUGCCACAUACGUGUGAGUGCCAAACACUUCAUUAAUAUAAAUUGUUUGCGGGCACUGUGAAUAUGUAUAUUAAGUCAGAGGGCGUGUUUUGUAAAUAAGCUUUCUAGUCACUGAAAGUGCAGAAUGUUAGCCUGUCCGCUGCCCUCGUUGCUGUAAGGAGAUCUGUCUGUGCCUUCUUUUACUUGUGUAUAUAUAUUCCAACUGAAUCAUCGUCAAUAAAUCACCUCUCGGAUGCAUA